AUGGAUUCGCAGUCGAAGCUCCUAUCACUUUUCUUUGAAAUCCAUAGUGCGACUUUGGAUUCAUAUUCGAAACUGGAUUCUGUUUCCAAGAUCAUAUCACUCAUUACUCAAGCAAUAUCUCUGAUCAGAUCAACAGAUUUUGAUUCGCAGCCAGAUUCGGAGUUCAUCUCACUCAUUACUCAAUCGAUCUGUCUCUUCAACUCCAUGGAUUUAGAUUCCCAGCCAGAUCCGUUAAGGAAGCUCAUAUCUCUCAUUUCUCAGAAACUCUCUCUCGUCGUCAACUCUACAGAUUCGGAUUCGGAGUUCAUGUUACUCAUUGAAGAAACAUUUAGUCUAGAGCCACAACCAGAGUUUAUAUCACUCAUUCGUCAGAUAUUAUCUCAUAUCUCUCUGGAACCGGAGAGUACGAUGGAGCAGAAUCUCAUAUUACUCAUUACUCAACUAAUCUUCCAACAUUCGGAACUCGUUGAUGAAACAUUGAGUCUCGAGCCGGAGCCGGAGUUCAUAUCGCUCAUCUAUCAAAUAUUCUCACUCGUCGUCUCAAAGGAUGUAGAGUGGAAAAAGCUUAUUGUUCUAUGCCCUCAAGGAGAAGUAAAAUUGGAUCAAGGAACGUUUCAUGUUGUUGGAGAAGUAUUGAGCAACAACAAUGACAAGUGGAAGUGCCUCCCUCUCAACUGGAAGAGAUAUUGGUUAACAAAAGAAGACGCUACCCAUUUUCUCUGCCGAGGAUGCAAUGGCGAGAACCAUGGAGAAUAUGUGAAAGCUCCGAUUGAGAUCAAACACUCUCUUCAUCCAAAACAUUCUCUACAACUUGUCUUGUUGAAUGGAGACAGAACCAGGGAAUGUUAUUGUUGCGAUAAAGAUCUCGAAGAGGUAUUUUACUAUUGCUCGGCUUGCGAUUAUGCUAUGAAUAUUGCUUGCUUAGAGACACCUAGAGUCUUGUCCGUGGACCAUCCGAAGUGGCAUGAACAUACACUUUCUCAGUUUCCAAGAAUGACUUCUUUAACUUGCAACGUAUGUGCCUUGACACAUUCAAGCUGUCCUUUCUAUAUGUGUCCCCCUUGCGACUUUGUUGUUCACCAAAAGUGUAUCGGCUUACCUCGUGUCAUAAGGAUAUAUCGCCAUUUCCAUCGUCUCUAUUUUACUCUUUCUUUUGACCAAGGAGUUCGGUGUUGUGGUGUUUGUCGCAGAAAGAUCGACAAUGACUAUGGGGGUUAUUCUUGCAAAAAGGACGGUUGCUCGUAUGCAGCACAUUCAAAAUGUGCCACACAGAGCAAUGUGUGGGAUGGUAAAGACCUUGAGGGAGAGCCAGAAGAAGACAUUAAAGAAAUUGAGCCGUUUGUAACUGUAAGAGAUGGAAUCAUACGACAUUUCAGUCAUCAACAUCAUCAUCUGAAACUAGAUGAGAACACAAGUAGAGAUUACGACGAGGAUAAGUUGUGUCAAGCAUGCAUCACUCCGAUCUAUUUUGGUAACUUCUACUCAUGUAUGCAAUGUGAUUUUCUUCUCCACGAAGAAUGUGCUAAACUUUCUCGCAAAAUAAAUCACCCAAUACAUCCGCAUCUGCUUAAUCUAGUGGGAAGAUCUGAUCACCUUGUUAGGGAUGCUACAAAAUCAUGUUCAGUUUGUCCUUGGAGGUGCACAUCUGGUUUCUUCUAUGAGUGUAGUGAAAGAGAAUGUCGUUUUAAGGUACACGUGCAGUGCGCCACAAUUUCUGAGCCACUGGUCAAUGAAAGUCAUAUGCAUCCUUUGUUCCUAACAUCGAAACCAGGAGAGGAAAGAAGAUGUUGUGUGUGCAAAGAGUUAGGACAUUGUUCCACAAAUGAAACAUUCAAUUGCAUUGAGUGCGACUUUGCAUUGUGUUUCAAGUGUACUCUUUUACCUCAAAAGGUGAGGUAUAAGCAUGACAAGCAUGUGCUUACUCUUUCCUAUGGAGAGGAGACAAGUACCAUGACGUAUUGGUGUGAAGUUUGCGAGAAAACUUUAAAUCCGAAUGAGCGGUUUUAUAUGUGCGAUGGGUAUUGCUGUGUCACCCUUCACAUUGAAUGUAUGCUUGGGGUGGACUUAUAUAUGAAGCCUGGUUCAUUUUGGCUCUACAGAAGUAACAAAGUAGGCGUUCUACCCAACAAUUAUCAUAUGUCAAGACCUAUUUGCUCCUUUUGUGAGAAGCGUUGUCCACACAAAAUAGUUUUCCAAUGUUUUGGUUUAAUAUCGUGUUCCACUUCUUGUAUUCGUGUUAAGGAUUCGAUAGAGUCAUAGAGAUGACCAUGUAACUUGAUGGACGUCGGUCUAGUAACAAGAGAUAUAUAUUAUUGAAUGUUUAUUAUGUUUUAUGUA